CGAGCAAUUCCCUUCCACGCUGAGCAUGCAAACCAUACUUCUACUGCCCUCGUGAGCUUGUUCCUAGCUCUAGCCAGCGCUUCACAGGGAUUUGGUCUCUGUGAAUUCUACCUCGACCUCCUCCCGCGCUCGUGGGCCCAACGACAACCCCGCACUGUUCCUCGUCACCUCUCACAGACAACUCACAAUGGAGAAGAUACGCAUAAGCAAGGUGGAAGAUGUCACUAUGUGGCGGAGGGGCACCCGCUUCGAGGGAAACCUGCACCUCAUGCCUCACCACAUAGUGUUCAACUACCUGCCUCCCCCACCUCCGGACGCUCCGCCCUCUACCAAACCACCGCGACCUCGAGAAGUAUGGAUCACAUAUCCUAUGAUUUCACACUGCGUACUCCGACCGUCCCCUCCCGCUUCUCACCAGAGCCCAUCCAUCCGCAUACGGUGUCGAGACUUCACGUUCUUUGCUUUCCACUUCCUAGACGACAAGAGAGCGCGCGAUGUUUACGAUAGUAUAAGAGGACUUUCGUGCAAGAUUGGGCGUCUGGAUCGCCUCCUAGCAUUUUCAUACGUGCCGAAGCCUCCGGAAGACAAGUUCAAUGGUUGGGAGAUAUACGAUGCUCGGCGGGAGUGGAAGCGAUUAGGCAUCAGCCCCAAAGAUUCAGAGAAGGGAUGGAGAAUCUCCGAGAUCAACAAGGACUACAAGUACUCCAAAACCUACCCUGAACUCCUGGUCGUACCUACCAAAAUCUCGGAUAACGUCCUCAAUUAUGCUGGCAACUAUCGCUCCCGAGCACGCAUACCAGUCCUCGUAUACCGACAUCCCAUCAAUAACUGCUCGAUAACGCGGAGUUCCCAGCCGCAGCCAGGCAUCCAAGGCAAACGCAAUCCGCAGGACGAAAAGCUGGUAGCGGCCAUUUGGGCGACCAACCAAGGGUGGAAAACAUCAGGCCCCGGUACACCGAACCCAGCAGGAUCUAGCCCAGAUUCGAGUGUCGUGAACAUCAACGAAGCGAGUACUUACAGUUCUUUUAUUGGGGUCAACGACGGCGAGAAUGAGAAUGCGGAGCAGAAGCUCACGGAUGAUCUUACUGAGUCGUCGGAAGAUGUGAGCGAUCUUCCAAAGGUCUACGGAGCACAGCAACAGAACUUUAUUGUCGAUGCCAGACCCACUCUUAACGCUAUGGCGAUGCAGACUGUUGGCCUGGGGUCCGAGCAGAUGAAGUACUAUCCCAACGCAGAGAAAGCCUACUUGGGCAUCGACAAUAUUCACGUUAUGCGAAAAUCUCUUCAGACUGUCAUCGAUGCUUUGAAGGAUACAGAUAUUACCUCUUUGCCACCAAAUCGAUCGUUACUCAACAAGAGUGGAUGGAUUAGGCAUAUUGAUAACAUCAUGAGGGGUACUCGUCUGAUUGCUCACACCGUUGGCGUGAUGCACUCGCAUGUUUUAAUUCAUUGUUCGGACGGCUGGGACCGGACAAGUCAGCUCAGUGCGCUCAGUCAGAUCUGUCUUGAUCCAUACUAUCGGACGUUGGAGGGAUUCAUCGUGCUGGUAGAGAAAGACUGGCUUUCGUUCGGUCAUAUGUUCCGCCACCGCUCUGGUUUCUUGGGCAGUGAGAAGUGGUUCGACAUUGAGAACGAACGUGUGGAGCGUGAUUUGGGCGGCGGCGGUAAUGCCUUCGAGAACGCACUUCGCGGCGCCAAAGGUCUCUUCAAUCGUCACAACGAGUCGAGUGAAUCACUGACUCAGACAACGGAGACUAAUGGCGGCGAAAUGCAGCCAGUCUCAGAUGUCGCACCAUCGGACGGAACUCCCAAACCUCCAACCGUCAUUGGAACGGCAGAGGAACAUCGGAUCACAAAAGUAAACGAACUGUCACCUGUCUUCCACCAGUUCCUGGAUGCGACGUACCAGCUCAUGUAUCAGUACCCGACGCGCUUCGAAUUCAAUGAACGCUUCCUCCGUCGCCUACUAUACCAUCUCUAUUCCUGCCAGUACGGCACCUUCCUGUUUGACAAUGAGAAAGAGCGUGUAGAGGCACGUGCUGCCCAGAGGACCCGUAGUGUCUGGGAUUACUUCCUCUGCCGCAAACAGGAAUUCAUCAACCCCAAAUACGACGCCAUAGUCGACGACAGCGUGCGGGGCAAAGAGCGUAUGAUCUUCCCUCAGGAUGGCAAGACCAGAUGGUGGGCUGAAGUCUUUGGGUGUAAAGAUGAGGAUAUGAAUACUCCAUACGGACCUCAGCCGAUGUAUGGUGGUACUCCUGCAUUAACACCACAAACAAGCAAUGUCAGCUCUCCCCCCAAUGGUCGAAUCACACCGGUACGAUCCGGCACUAGCACGCCACUGCCGCCAGAACAAGAUCCAAUCGUCACGGGCACAGAAACUGCAGAUCAAGCCACGGGUGCAGGCACAACUAUGCGUGCGCCUUCGAACAUCUUGCCCUCGGCUGCAGAAUGGAGCCAGAGCCUGGGUAGCAAUAUGAGCCAAGCAGGCCAGACCCUCGCAGCUGGAAUCGCCAAACUAGGAGUCAAGGAAACCAGCAGGGGAGUCAGUCCCGGCAGGAGUGCGAGCAAGAGUCCUGCAGAGAAUGUCCAGAAGGAGAUCGAGGUUGAGAUGCAAUGAUGCUUUCUCGGAGAUGACAGCAACUUGGUGCAUUGCUGCGCUGGGUUCUUGUUUGUUCCCACAUUGAUGAUGUGUUUACGAGCCUUUUUUCUUGUUUGUGUUUGUUACAUAUGGCAUUUUGAUACCCGCAUGGGUUAUGUCUUGCAUGGGUUCGGAUGGCAUUGUUAUCUAUCUAGCUUAUGAUGUCGAAUGAACUAGUGGAUGUCUUGUUACGGGAAACCUGAGUUUCUUUCGAAUGCGUGUUUUAUUUGAUUGUGAAGCUGAACUUGCCACAAGGCAUACAUGAUACAGCUCUGUUUACUGUCACUGAAGGUUCAGCGAUGAAAGUUCGGUAGCGACGUGCGGUCGUCACUUUCAGGGACUUUUUUGCUAGAGAAGGAGGACAUGCCUCGAAAUCCUUCUGGUGUGGGCGCCGAAUUCAAGACAUAGCCACGCGAAUAACUG